AUGUCCAAGAAAGCAGGCACUCCUGCUUACGCGCCGGUCUACGUGGAGAGCAAGCUCUUAAAGCUUGACGACGUGUCGGUCGCCCAUGAUUCCGGCCAUCGGGACGUCGAUGAGGAUCGUGUCCUGGAGUUGUAUGAGAAGGUGAUUUUGGCCGGUCGUUGGGGCCAGGCUUCGUUGUCCCGACCGAAGCUGAGGUAUGAUCCUGCUGGUCGUCCUAUGGCCGCAUCUGAUGGCCGGUCGAAGCUGGCAGAUGGCAAGCACUGUAUCGCAGCGUUGAAGAAAGCUGCUGAGACGGUCGCUCAGUCCGAUGAUGCAACGCAGCUCGAGUGGUACACAGGUGAGAUCAAGGACAUUCUGACGGUCGGAAUGCGUUUUGAUUGCAUCAAAUUCUUGGAUGAUGAUGAGGCGGCGGUCAAGCUCUUCUACACCAUGGCCCAUGAGCAGGAGGCCAACAAGUUGCGGACGACGUCGGUCGAGCACAAGAUCAAACUUGUGCGUGCUUAUGUCGCCAAAGACGCCGAGAACGCCAUGGUGGAAAUUUUGGGCAAGUCACGCCGGUCAACAAUCCACAACUGGUGCAAAGCGACUGCAGUGUUAAAAGAGCCGGUCCUGAUCAAGCUGAAGGAGAAGCCCGACCUGCCACAGGGACUUGUUUUCACGAACAAGUACUUCGUCGGUCAAGGAGAAGAGACACGCUUCCUCCUGGAACCCGAGCAGCAGAUUGCUGCUCUGCAGCUUUUCUAUGACUUCUGUGACGGUCGCGGGACGGUCUCUUCCAUACCGACCUUCAUGUCUGACUUUUGUGCCCCAAUGUUGAAGGCACAGUUGUGGUGUCAGUUGGUCAUGAAGAAGUACGCGUCGGUCGUGAGCCGCCUACCAGCGUAUGACCGCUGUCAGAAGAUGCUGUGGAGUGAGCGUGGACGGACGUGCAUGCGUCUUGGCGUCGGUCUGUCUGGUGACCCGAAGAUCGAGGGCAGUGGCAUCCCUGAGUGUGUGUCGGUCCUCCAAGGGUUGAAGAAUCUGGCCGCUGGUCGUGCAGUGGAUGAAGCCGAAAGUGCUGUGGAUGCGGCCAAAGCAACGGUCACAGAGCACAAGCUGGUCGUUGAGGGGGGAGACGACGAGUCUGGGAUCUUGGCUGACGACAUCACGAUGGAGGCCCCACUGGUGGAGAAGGAUCCUGUUCUUGAAAAAGCUGAGGAGCUCGGCUUGUCGGUCCGCUCCAACAUUCAUCUGUUUCAUGACAUGAAGACCUUUGGUGAUGGCUUCGUCGGUCUAUGCCGGGCGACGACCCGUGGCGGCAUUUACAUCGAUGAGGCCACGUCGAAGGCCAAGAUCAUUUUGGGGGACAUGGCAGAGUUGUGGAAGGUCGUCACGUCGGUCGUAGAUCGGCAAUACGUGUCCAUGGGCAUCUUCUGUGGAAAGCGCCACGACUUAGUGACGUUGGUCGUGACAGGGACGGUCGACCCUCCAUUGAAGCGCCUUCGAGUCAAAACCUUCUUGAAAAACUUAGAUCAGAGCCGGUCGCGAUGGAAGCAGAUGCCAAAAAAGGAGAAACAACCCUUUGUGGACGCGGCGGUCAAGGAUCACAGAAAGCACAACGCCCUCAAGAGGGAGCUCGCUCAUCCUCCAGUGGAAGUCGACUCGCCGGUCAGAGACCCGAAGCCUGAGAAUGAUAGUGAGGUUCUCCUUUGA